CAGGAUCUAGUACAAACGAGGAUGACGAUGUAAACAAUUCGUUUUGCGCUAGAUACAAUAAAUGCUAGUAGCCGACGGUCCGGCGAGCAAUCAACGCUUGUUAACACGGCAAAUAAGGUCGUUUCUGAUUUCGCAAAUAUUCCGGUGCUCCUAAUUAUCAAACCCUAAGUGCAGUGUGCCCUUGUUUCCCUUCUAUUAGUGAUCCAUCGCCGCAUACUUCCGGGGCGACAACAUGAUUUCCGUGAACUUUUUGGUGCUUUGUGUUGCGAGUUUUCUAGUGAAUUCUGGUGCCGCGGUUGUCCACACUCGACCUGAGCAGAUACACUUGGCGUUUGGCGAGAAAAAAGGCGAAAUGGUUGUGACUUGGUCAACUUUCAACAAAACACGUGAAACUAAAGUUAAAUAUGGUCGCCAAAGAUUAAAUCUUCGAGCGAAAGGCAACUCAAAAUUGUUUAUAGACGGAGGAAAAAAGAAACAUUCGCAAUACAUUCACAGAGUCAAACUAAAAAACCUACGCCCCAAAAGCAAAUACUUUUAUCGCUGCGGAAGCAAAGAAGCGUGGUCUACCAUAUUCUGGUUCAAAACUCCACCAGCUGACGUACAUUGGUCUCCAAGUUUGGCGAUAUUCGGUGAUUUAGGCACUGAAAAUGCGAAAUCAUUGGCACGACUUCAGGAAGACACCCAGCAAGGGUUGUAUGAUGCCAUCAUUCACGUUGGGGAUUUUGCCUAUGAUAUGCACACAGAUAAUGGAAAAAUGGGCGACAAUUUCAUGAAUCAGAUUCAAUCGAUCGCAGCGUAUGUACCGUAUAUGGUAUGCCCAGGAAAUCAUGAACAGAAACACAACUUCUCGAAUUACCGAGCUCGCUUCAGCAUGCCCGGACCCACUCAGAACCUAAUGUACAGUUUCAAUAUGGGACCAGUGCAUUUCGUCGGUUUCAACACGGAAGUCUACUACUACUCCCAGGAUUACGGAAAAGAAAUGAUAAUCACCCACUUGAAUUGGCUAAAAAAGAACCUAAAAGAAGCAACUAAACCCAGGAACCGAAAACUGCGUCCUUGGAUCAUUACAUACGGCCAUCGUCCAAUGUACUGUAGCAAUGAAAAUAAUGACGAUUGCACUAAAUGCGAGUCAUUGGUUCGGGUCGGACUUGAAGACCUCUUCUAUAAGUACGGCGUUGAUGUGGAAAUUUGGGCUCACGAACAUUCAUACGAAAGACUGUGGCCAAUCUAUAAUCAUACGGUUUGUAAUGGGUCUCUUAAUGCUCCUUAUACGAAUCCAGGAGCACCAGUACACAUCGUGACCGGUUCCGCGGGCUGCAAAGAGGGUCGUGAACCUUUUCUCGAUGAAACUGCCGAAUGGAGCGCUUUCCACAGCGAAGAUUAUGGCUACACAAGAAUGAAAGCGUAUAAUACUACGCACUUAUAUUUUGAACAAGUCUCAGACGAUAAAAAAGGCGCUGUAAUCGAUUCAUUUUGGAUUAUCAAGGAUAGACAUGGGUCUUACAAGUCAACUUGUCAUUAAUUGAGUAACAAUAUCGGGGAGAAUGGAAGAGCCCAUCGAGGAUAUUCUUUGAUCUUCGGGAAGGAGCUUAGGCAUUUCAAUCUCACCUGUUUGCUUAUCAUCAUCUUCAGUCCAAUGUAAAUGUAGAUGAGUCCAUGAGAGAGUAUCAUUCCCUGGGUAGAGAGUGUCAUGCCAGGGGUAGGGAGGCUCAGCGGAGCAAUAUCAUCCUUAGAGUGCAAUAAACUUAUGUGAAAUACAAUAGUUUGACUUUCUCUAACU